GGGGAAUGGCCGCGCUCCGGGUUUGUGUGACGCGCGAAGAGACUCGAAAUUGUCUCAGUGGUUUAAAGUAUGGUGAUUGCAGGACAUGGAAUCCAUACGUGUAACAGCUAGAGAUUUAUGUGAGUACGAUGACCUUGCUACAAGCCUCGUACUCGAUCCGUACUUGGGUUUUCAAACUCACAAAAUGAACAUCAGCCAUCGACCAGUCGUAAGGAGGCACCAAUACCUCAGGGAUAUUCUUCAAAAGUUUCUUAAGUCACAGGAUUUGGAAACUGUGUAUCGAGCAUUGACUCUGGGUGACUGGGCCUGGCACUACUUCUUGCACAAAACGUCUCUUGAAGAAGAAAUAUUCAAAGCUCAGGUAUUUCGUUACCUUCGAAUAUUCCUACCUGAAAGUGGCUUUGAAAUUCUCCCGUGUAAUCGAUAUUCUUCAGAAUCCAAUGGAGCCAAGAUAGUGUCAUUGAGAAAGUGGAAAGAGAAUGAUAAGAUUGAACUGCUUGUUGGCUGCUUGGCAGAGCUUUCCGAAGAGGAUGAGUCCCUCCUGCGUCCUGGAGAGAAUGACUUCAGUGUGAUGUACUCGACCAGAAAGAAAUGUGCUCAGCUCUGGCUAGGGCCCGCAUCCUUCAUCAACCAUGACUGCAGACCAAACUGUAAGUUUGUUCCAACUGAAGGUGACCGAGCAUGUGUCAAAGUACUUCGAGAUAUUGAGCCUGGAGAUGAAAUUACCUGUUACUAUGGUGACAGUUUUUUUGGUGAAAACAAUGAGCUGUGCGAAUGCUACACAUGUGAAAGGAGAGGUGAAGGAGCCUUCAGGAUGAAGAAGCGAGUUGUGGAAAUGAAUGCUGUCUACAACUACAGGCUAAGAGAGACUGACAGCCGCCUGAGUCGCAUGAAAGAGAAAGGGAAAGGAAGAGCACGUGCAUCUCUCUACCAGAAAACUGUUGAUAGGGCACUGUGGAAAACUUCAGCCCAAAGGCUCUCCUUAAGUAAAAGGAGAAAUCGACGAAGGAUACGGAGAAGGCAGGCCCCACAGAACUCCUGCUCCAAGUCACUGCCUACACUUCCAUCAAUGCCUCUACAGCAGCAGAAUGUCCAGACCAGUGAAACCAACAAGGCAGCAAGGCAGGCGGAGUUUCCAGAGAAUGCAAACCAGACGAACUGCCACAUGGAAAGGUCUGGAGUGCAGAAGGGGAUGGCAAAAGAUCUUCACUGUGGGUUUGGGUGUCCUUCAAAAUUGCCCCCCACAGUUAAGGAAACUGAUCCUGAAACGUCUGUAACAUUCCACAUGCCUGAAGGUGUUGUCUUAAAGGAUUUGCGAGUGGGUUUGUAUGACUGUAGAGAUCUAGCCAGAACCUGUACUAAGUUGACUGGAACAACUACAACACAACUUGGGGGCCAUUUCUGGGAAGAAUCAGAUGUGAAGCAAUGCCUAGCAUCCUCUCAGCAACUGGAAGGUGUGACCAAUGGGGAAACUCCUGUGAGCACCAGCAGACUCACCGCACCUAAACCUAAUUUCAGAGAGUCCACCAUGGAGAAACCAGUAAUUGUUGAUUCAACAACUGGAGGGAAUAUUCUUUCCCCAGACCAAACACCAGUGGAUUUAGGGAGCUCAAAGGAAGCGAUUUCCAUGAGUAUGCCCCCUGUUCAUGCACAGUCUAGCCGUUGUAACUCCCUGCAAAGGAGGCAGAGGAGACACUGGCGACAGAGAAAGGCAUUGAACAAAAGGACAAAUCAAAAGAGAAGUACCUCAGAGAGUCCAGCAAUGUUACUGAGAAAAGCUUUUGGUUUGACCCAUUUUGUGAAGAUCGACUUGAGCAAAGACACUGUAUUUGUACCCAGUAUUAAGAACAAAGUGCAGAGCUCAGUGCAAGGCAGGACAAUACCUCAGCUGAACGCUAGCCAAGACCCAGUAUGCACUGUGAGCUGCUCAGAAAUUCGAGAUGUACAUGUCGUUCUGGAGGACAUUUCAAAGAUCUACGAGACUGCCACCCGCACAUGGUAUAUCAGCAGAAAGCUGACAGCGAAGAUGAGCUUGGAAUCAGAGGAAGCAAGCAGAAGGCCAGAUCCUAGAGUAGGGUCUGAGCAGAUUGCAGACAGUGGAUCUUCAAGGACUUCAGGUCACCCUCAGCCACGCUUCCAUGCCAGGUGCAACAAGCGGACGAGCAGUGUGCAGAGAAAAGGCAGCCGGCACUCACUGAAACGAGCCGUUAAAAGGAAGGAGCCUGAUGCAAAGGGAACGGAACUGGCAAGCAAGCCAGACUCGACAGACCACUGCAACUGGCAGCCAAACUCGACACGGCAGAAGCGCUCCAGGCGUUUCACAGAGCCAACGGGGUUGGGAUCAUCGGAGGAUAGAGGGUUUGAUAAGGGCUUUCUCUCCCACGGUUGCUUUGUACCCUCAGUGGAGGAAGACAAAAGGCCUGCAGUUUUCACACCGUUCGCUCGAUCGAAACGCCUGCGUUUGGUGGUCAGCCAUGGUUCCAUUGACUUCGAUAUCUCCUCUUCAGCAAGUGAGAGCUCUGUCUGAGUGCUACACUGGGACAACAAGGGGUUCGUCUUCCCCUAACCUAAAGAAGUAUUCUAUGUGGAGAGGACCAACCUUCCUCAUGCACAGAGGCUCGAUGCAAAAUCCCCUCUAACUGUUGUGUUAUUGGUUGGCCCUGUGCUUACUCCAGUUUGCACGAUUUUGCCACAAUACUGGAACAUGUGUUCUUUGUUUGUUGCUUCCCCAUCCCAGUGAAGGAUUGAGAUGUAUUAACAGACAAACCCCAGGUGGGUUGAUGCCAGAAUUGGGGGUGAAUUCCCAUGAGGAUGUUGGACUAAAAGUUUUUUUCUGCUGUAAUUAACAACGCCAUUUGUGUAGGGGGCGGCUGAUGGUGAAGAUGCAAAAUUGGCCCGGACUUCCUCUCCCGGCAGAUAUCCAUCGACCCACUUCCUGGAUGAGAAGUGAAGUGGUGGAGCUGCCAGCUCAUGUUAACUGCGCAUGGGUGAGGUGCCUGCUGGUGAACCAGGGCUACCACCUCAGCACAGGGCACAAGAGAAUGGGGAAUGGAGGCAUUAGACAAACAGAAGUAAAUUGUAGGGCUAACUUGGAAGUGGUUGUGACUGUCCAACCACAUGUUAUUAAUGUAAGUAACUCAUGAACUGGCAGAUUCAGUCAGUUUGAAACAGUAAAGUAUUCCUUUGAGUAACAUUUGAAAUACUCUCUCACAAUUGCUUGACCCUGUUCCAAGGUCAAUAUGUAAAGCUUCUAUAACCUCAGGAUAACAACUCUUGGUGCUUUUCAAUUGGCUAAUGUGCUUGAUAAUUUUCCUCAUACAAGAAAGAUGUACAGUUUUUAAAGCAGCUUUUCUCCCCGUCUAUGAAGUCCACAAGCAGAUACGAGGAUAUUUGUUACUCCUAGGUGAUUCUAAGUGACCAGAAAAGAUCUGUUUUGGGUCUAAUAAUGGGGAUGGUAUUAUCGUCUGAUCUCAUAGACUCACGCACGACAUGAGGAAUACAUUUGGUGCAUCACAUUUUUGCUGGCUCUUUGAAAGAGCCAUACAGUUACAGUAAUUCCACUUCUGUGACCUUGCCUCAAAAACCUGGAACACCUCUUCCCUCUUCUUACGUUUAACUUUUAAUUUGCUUCCAGCACUAUCAUUACAACUUUGGGAGCUUGGGAAACAAUUCUCCUUGCUUUUCCUAUGUCCAUCAGUUUUUUUUGUUCAAUUAAUAAAUGUAAUGACCUUGCAAACACAGGGUGUGUCCUUUGAGCUUGGUCUCAUAAUGCAGAUAUAUAGAUAGAUGCUGUUAUAAGAACAAGCUUUAAGGCAGUGGUUCCCAACUUUUCUUAUGCCAUGGACCAAUACUGUUAAGCAAGGGGUCCGUAGACCCCAGGUUGGGAGCCCCUGCUUUGAGGUGGUUCUUUUAGCCUUGGUACCAGAGCAGUCAUCUAUGAAUUUUAUGGUACAUAGGAUCUGCAUAAAUGCAACUCUGUGUGUGCAAUCUGCAGUGGUUGUUGAAAAAUGUUUUCUUUUUUUUCUCAGGAAAUAAUGGAAUAAGAGUAUUAUAUUAUUGGUUCCUUGAGUUCCUGUGCAAUCAAGGGUAGACCCUUAACAGGAAUUCUGGUAAAAGCAGGAGUUUAUUGUAUGUGUUGAGUCUAGGAAUUUGAUAUUCUCCACCUGCCUUCCCCAAAACCCCACUUGACAUCAAAAUAUUUACCCAAGGUAAGCAAAUAAACACAGCAUUAGGCAAUUCCCCAAUCUUUCUAUCAUCUCUGUUCUUUACAUAGUUUGCUGUGUGCUAACCAAUUUGUGGUAUUUUAUUUUAAGGUGUUUUAUAAAUGCACUUUGUUAUUGUACAGAGGUGCAAUGUACAAUCACUAGGUGUGUACAUCAUCUCUUUGUUAUUUGAGGACAGUAAUUUAAAAUGUUUGUAAAUAGCAACCAAAGUAACUGAGUACUGGCACUGACUGUUGAAGCUAAAUCAUCAGUAUCACUUUUUUAAAUGUUUUCAAGGUGCAAAUAAA